GCGCUAGACAGGCAGUAUGGCGGAGGAGGGCAGUGUGUACGAGUUAGAGGGGCUCCAACAACAACUAGACAGUUUGUUGAGCCGCUUCUCAGGUGACCAACUGCUGGACGAUAGUGAACCGUUCUGCUCCGACUUCUGCAAGCUGGUGGAAGAGUUUGCCUCUCGCUGGCAGGUGCCACUGCCUCAGCUCAGGAUCCUUGAGAUAGCUCUGUGCUACUUUGCUCGAGCCUGCAGCUUCUUCCCAACAAACUGUGAUCAUGUGCUUCACACACUCAGUAGUCUGGCUUUGAGUGUUUUUGAGUUGCUGCUGUUCUUUGACCAGACGGACUUUCUUCAGGAGCCACUGAAACACUUCGCUGAUACAUUCCAGGAAUGUCACCAUUUGGCCCUUGCGAAGCAUCAGAAUGUUCAUUUACUUCAGGUGGAGCGUUUGGUUAAGGGCGGCGGGCCUUGGGCUGGCCAAGCUUUACAGGCAAUCCUCAGUGAGUCCAGUUUACCUCAGAGUGAAGUGGAUGGGUGCAUCAGCUCUGAGCUGCCGGUGUUCUUUGAGCUCCGGGUUCGCUACCUCUUAUCCUGUGAGCGGGUCAGUGAGGCUUUGGCCCUGGCUAAGUGUUGUGCUCAGCAUUCAACAGCAGGACAACACUUGUUCUUCCUCCAGGUCUACCUCACGUGGCUUAUCAAAACUUCACAGCAUGACCGCCUACAUAAAGAGGUGGCUGAAUUUAAUGGUAAAGAUGCAAUCCACAUCAUCUGUAGUUUGGAGUGUGAGGAAAAGGAUGAGUUGCUACUAGAUCUCAGCAGAGCGUUCCUCUCCCAGCAGCUCCGCAGGGGAGACAUGUACUAUAUAUGUGAUCUUGUCUUGUUUUGGAGUAAGCUUCACAGUCGGUUGAAUACAUCCAAGAAGGCUCUACUUGAGGACUGUCAUCAGCUGAUGCUGUCUGCCACCAAUGUCAACUCAAUCUUCCCAUUCAUCAGAGCCAUACUGCAAGAGCUGGGUGAAGAUGGCAUCCAGUUCUGCGUGGAGCUCUGUGCGAAUGCACUGAGGUCUUGCCUUCCCUGCGAUGUCAUCACCAAGUCCCUAAUCUACAAAACCAUUGCCGGCCUGCUACCCAAUGACCUGGAGGUUGCCCGGGCAUGUGCUCUACUUCUCUUCUUCCUCGAACACACUGUUGAGACCUACAAGAUGGUGUACCUUCUUUACAUGCAUCCUGAUCAGGAGUACCACGCCGAGCACAGCCCCAUUGGGAAUCAUGUUCGAUUUGAAACCCUGCAGGUCUUGAAGAAGGACCUGUAUUUUGACCCAGAGUUUUGGAACCUCAUUGCUUUGCGGACCAACUGUUUGAAACUGAUGAGUGAGAAGGGGCUUAGUGCUGCCCUCGAAGAGGUCAUGGAGGACAAAUGGAUCCUGAGCUACUGCACCAAAGAACCCUCUUCCCGGACAAGGACAUCAGUAUGUCAGAAAGGAACUAAAGGGGCUAAAAGGCGUCAACAUAAAGACGAUAUUGACACUGCAUCCAAGAGAUUAAAGUUUGGUCCAGGUAAAACACGGCUAAAUGCUGACCACACUGUGAAGAAGAAGGGCAACCAAGGGUUACGAUCUUUGAAGGAUGAACCUUUGAGGCGUUCAUUUUGGCAGAUAGACAGACUGCGGGACAAUGUAGCUGCUGGGUAUGGAGAACUUAGACGCACUACACGGCUCUCAGAGAAGAACCCACCAAAACGGAGGAUUAUGAAACCCAAGUGGCUUCUGGAAGACUCGGGAACUCUUUUGGACAAUAAUGUUCUUCCGAAGAUCAAAAAGCAUGGGCUGAAACAUCAAAAGCACCAUCGAUCAUCAGUUGAAAAGAGGUCUGAAACUGGCGGGCUCAAUAACAAUGCAAAACACACACCUCCGAUAAUCCCUCACUUGAGGGCAAGGGAGAUCAACAGCAACUCUCCUAAACCAUCACCUUCUCCGCAAGUAAUUCUUGAACUUUCCCUGCCAGACAAUGAACUAAUGGGAACAUUUUCUGAGGACUCGUGCAACAGACAGAGAGGUUUCCCUCAAGUGCUUCUUUACAGACCUACAGUGAAAGUUCCUGCCAAAUCUCCACCUGUAAAGACUGUACACCGCAAAGAGGUGAUUCUCAGAGCCCGAGAUGCAGCUAUGUUGGUACAACAGUUGCACUGUUAUAUUCGGAGACAGAAAGGAAAAGGUAACGGGCCGAAUGUUCAAGGCUCUGUAUCAACAAUCACACGCUCCUCUGUGCAAGGAAGUCCUCCUAAAGAUCCACAGAGCAAGCGCUGUGAAAGGACUGCUGCUCGGCUGAAGCGAAGAAUUACCUCACAGACACCAGCAGCAGAUGAAAUAAAAAAAUUCACAGCUUCAGAAAAAGUUCCUCAAACUACAAAAGCAGUCUCCCGAAAGGCGUCUUUGGGCAGAGAGCUCUCGGAAAAGUCUGCUGCUAAGGUGAAAGUUGACAAUGGGUCACAGACAUCGGCAACAGCUAAUGUUACAGAAGCCCCAAUGUUAGAUAAGGUCCUGCAACGUCCACCCAUUGCUUCGGCGAAAGAGCUCUGCGAAGAGUCUGCUGUCGAGAUGAAGGUCACUAUUGCUUCAACAGCGGCUAAAGUGACUCAAUCACAAGCUUUAGAGGAGGUCACUAAAGUUGGCAAAGACGCUUCAAAAACCACAGCUUCAUCUGAGGUCUUGCAAACCGCGACUGUGGACAACAAUUAUGUGGUAGUUACUGACUCUUCAGUAUCAAAUAAAGCCAACAUUUCGAACACUGGAGCUGCUAAACUCACGCCUUCACAGUCUCAAGAUGUUGUUAGGGAAAGGAAUCGAGGCAAAAAUCCUGUGGCCCACGCAAAAACAGACUCUCCAGAGGUGCUCAUCGCUGUCUGCAACAACCUUUCUGAGGUGGAAGUUUCACCUAAACUCUCAAAAGGACAGAUGCCUUGUGAAAAUGACAGUGACAGAGAAACAAUGGCCCCUUCUUGUUCACCUACUGAUCAGAACAGUUUAACUGACAUAUCUGCUUUGACAUUGGUAACAGAAGUGGUUACUGAACUUGCACCUGGAGUACUCACCCGAGAUCUGGAGAAUCAUAAACAGUUAGCUCCAGAGGACAGUUCCUCCAAGGAAUCAACAGCUGGGAGUAAAUCUAAAGUUCCUCGCAAAGUAUGCACUACCUCCAGCCGCUCUGUAGUGGUUGAUGAGCAAAUGGAGGAAGAAGGAACUCAGAAGUUUGAUCCUGAAGCACCUGAGAACAGUAAACUGCCAGAACCGGAGGAAGCCAAGCUGGAAUACUGUUGUACCUUCUGCAACAAGGACUUUAAGGGAACUCGUGUUGUUGCACAUGCAAUGUUCCAUUAUCGCAAAGAUGAGUGCAUGUUUUGUGGGACCAUGUUCAAAGAUGACCUCCUGGCCAUGAUGCACCUGUCUGACCACAUCGAGAAGCUCAAGAGGAGCAAAGACUUGGCUGAGAACAAUGCUCAAGAAAACCUGAUUACUGGGACCAAAGAUAUCUCCACACCUAAGACUUCUGCCAAAAUUAAGACCACAGACGAGUCUUCCGGUCGACGUGGUCGUGGUAGACCGAGAAAAUCUACUGACUGUCUUAAAUCUAUAAGCCUUCCAGAUGCAGCCCCAUCAGGAUCCAGAAACUUAAGAUCCAGCGACAAGCCAGAAGAUGGUGAAUCUUUGCAUGAAAAGAAACAAAACACAUCCAAGCACCUUAAUUGUAAAGCUCCUGUUCACAAGGUAAAUGGGCAUAUUGGCAAACAGAAAGAACUCAAGAGACUAAGAAAGAACCGCCUCAAUUUGGAGGCUAAACGGCCACAUACACAGCGGGAAGUCUCUCACAAAACAACAACUCAUGCAGUUGAGAAUCCCAGGCUGCAAGCAAACCAAGAUAUAGAAAUGUGUUCCUCUGCAACAUCAACAAAGGUUGACAAAGUUUUUAGCUGUUCCUCUGAACAUAAAGUAAAGGAGAAAGAAUCUCCACAUGUCCUGAAGACAGCCACGAAACAAACUGGGAAAGUUGUUGAGAAAACUUUGGAACCAGAAGAGAAACUGUGCUGUCCUGUGCAGGGUUGCGAUUGGUUUACAGACCUGGCAAAAAAACGUGUCGCACUCCUUUACCAUGCUCUAGAAGAGCACAAUGGGGACGUCAAACCCUUAAAGCUGGCUUUCAACGUCGGGAACAGCAGGUGUAGUUGUUGCAUGAGGGUCAUGUGGAGUUUCGAACACUUUCAGCACCAUAUUGAAAGACACAGACUUACUCCUCGGCAUCCGUGCCUUCAUCUGGGAUGUACUGCCAGGUUCAAAUCUGGAAUGGAAAUGAGACGCCACGCCAGGAGGCACAGUCCGCUGCAGGCAGUGUGCUGCCUCCCUGGUUGUUCCAAACUAUUUAUUUGUCUCUGGGCCCUGAACCUUCAUGAAAGAGAGCACUAUGCUUCCAACCACACUAAACCAGACAAGAACACAAAUGAACAAACUGAUGAUAGAAUGUUAGAUGGGAAGAAACAACCUCUUAAGACAAAAGAUGCAACUACUGUAAAUAAGACUGAUUGUAAAUUGAAGUCUCCUCCUCCCACCACUGUCAGAGCAUCUCUGUUGAAAGAGGAGUUAACAGAGAGACAUGAAACUGAGGAAGAAAGAAUCUUAAAGAAUCUUUCUAACAAGGAUACCUCCACACAGCCCACUGGCCCUAAUCUCAGAUUAAGGCAAACAAUAAGAAAAGUCACAAAUACGACAAUGAAAAAUCACAAAGUCAUCUCCUCAUCACUGCCAAAACACAACAUCAAAGUAAGGCAUAAAUUCAAGAAAAAGCAGAUAAUAAUAGUCAACAAAAUGGGCCCUAAAAGAAGAGGACGUCCUCCUAAAUCGAAGCAGACUGUGCAUGAUGAGAACACUACCAAUGGUCAAAACAGUAAAACUGUCAAAGACGAAACUAUUCGGCUUGCAAAUCCCUCAAAAGCAGCAAAUGUGAACGAGUCUAAAGAAGAAAGGAUUCAGCAGGUCCAAGAUGUAGCCAGAACUAAAGAAACAUCAAGUGAUGAAUCAAAGUCUAAGAAAUCAAUUAACAGGCAGAUGAAGAAAAAUAAUGUUAAACACAAGAGGAUUACACGUAAUGCCUCAACAGUCGGCCCCAAAACACAGAAGUUAACAGCUGACAAGAUAAAGAAACUGCAGCGUGGGACAAAAUGCUCUGCUCCUGAAGAAGAUGGUAGUCAAACUGCUUCUUCAGACUCGAGCAAGACAAAGAAGCUCAAGGUUGCAAACGGCAAAAAAACCACAAAGAUUGUCAAGAAAAAAAUUCCUCUCAAAGAACAAGAAUGUGCAUCUCAGUCAGGAUCUGAUGUCCCACGAGUUGAGGCAAAAGCAGCAGCAGCAGCAGCAGUAGUAGAAAGUGCUGCUGAUGAGAAGGGAAAUGCAAAGGCAGAAACUACAGGUGAAACACAAAGCUGCUCAGGUAACUCUGUUCCUGCUACUCUAGCUAACAUUGUCAAUGAAAUCACUGCUACACCCACCACCUCACAAGAGAAAACACAGCAGGUAACAACAGUAGAAAAGUCAAAGAAAUCAAAUGUGAAAAAGGAAGGAAAGACUGAAAAGACUACUAGUUCUAAAGACUCCGGUAAGACAAAUAAGAAGCACAAAGUGAUCAGUAAUAAAGGGGACAAGAAAACACCCAAAGGACCACUAUGCAAAGAUGCAAGCCAAACAACUGCUUUGAAAAAGAAAGCCAAGUCAAAAUCUGCAGAUCAACAGCUUGAGGCUAAAGCAGCAGCAGCAGAGAGCUCUCCUGAUUGUGAAGGAAAGGCAAAAGAAGAAACAACACUUGACAGUUCUGGCUCCUCCGUCCCCACAAAGGAAAAACCCAAGAAAUCUAAUGUCACAAAAAAUUCAGACCCCAACAAAGCAAAUAAGAAGCGGAAGAUUGUUCCGAAAGAAGGAGAAGCAAAGAUCAUCAAGAAAAGGUGCAAGAAUGAGGAGAAAAAGAAGCCUGCGAAGAUGAAAACGAACGUCCAACUGCCCCCCGAGGUGAAAGCAGAGCUAGUGAAUAGCUCUUCGGCUCAAGAGGGAAAAACUCCAGGGGAAACACCACAGUCUGGGGCUAACAGCUCUGGUUACUCUGUCAUAACGAAUGGACAAGCAUCAAAAGAAGAUGUCUCAUCUACUUUGUUAAAGCAGACCCUUGAAGAGUACAGUAAGAAGCCAUACAUGCGUCCUCCCCCGACAGCGUACCUGGAUGAGAAGUACAUCACCAUGCCCAAACGCAGGAAGGAGCUGUCCUUCCUCCAGACGUCUCAGAGGAGCCCCCCUCAGCAGGUCCAGGUCCCGGCAGCUCUGCAGAGACAACGAUGUGCCAACUGCUUCGCUACUUUCAACAGUGGCGAGGAGCUGCAGAGUCACCUCCAGCUGAAGAAGUGCUCCAACAUCUUCGGGUUUGACUCCGACGAUGAGGGCGAGGCUUUCUUUUUGUAAAGUUCAGGAAACGUUGAUCAUGUCUAAAUAAGUAAAAGGGACGUUUUGGAGAAUCAAACUUACCUGUGGACCUGCACUGGACGGACUAUACCUCAGUGCUCUCUGGACGACUUGUUUAUUAACGGGCAUCUGGAGACUUGAACGGGUAACCUGACCUUCUCUGCAGCAUGUGCCUGUAACGCAGGGCCCAGGAGCGGCCAGAAUAGCCAAUCAAUUUAAGACAACUGAACUGGAUCCCAGUCAGACCGUUAGCAGAACAGCUAGUACUGAAGUGCCUGCUCUGGAACCGCCGUGCUGUUUCCAGCUGCUUCACCUGUAUGAUUAAGAAUUGUGGCUUAAAAGACUGAACCCUUGAAAGCUGUGAAAAAUCAAACUCGACAAGAACGCUCCCGCUAUCACUAGGAUUCAUAUUUUUUCACAUCUGUAAGCCAUAUUUGCCAUUGUUUGCUUUUUGCACUCAGAUUUCUCAAUUUCUUUCUGCUUAAAUCCUCAAAGUAUUGGGGAUUAUACAAUGAAUGAAUCAUCUAAAAUACAUGCUCUUUAAACAUCCCAAGGUUACGUAUAAUUUUCUAAACUUUGGAAAGUUGUAAGAUUGCUGUAUGAGUCUUUUUGGGGGGAAAUGUGUAUAGUUCUUGUUCAAAUCCUAUUUGUAUUCUAUCCCUAUGGGGUUGAUUAGGUCUGUGCUUGUCUUCACCAGUAGGUGGCAGCGUGCACCAAUCUUUUAAUUUUGUUCACAGAUUUUUCUUCCUUCCUCAUGCAAAAAUAAGAUAUUAUUUGUAGAAGGAUUUCUACAUUCAAAGCUGCUCUACUGUAUUUAUCACUGGACAGACUCUAGAAAUUGCUUCACUUUCAAUCACCUCCAUCAAGCUGUAUUUUCCUUAGCAAUAACUAUUACCAACCACAUCAUGUGCCAGUGUCCCACUAAUAUUUCAUUGGGCUCUGUCACGCAUCAUGAUUCGUUGUCAGUGGAGCAGCUGACAUCCUGGUUUAUAUUCUACUUUCACACUUAAUUAUAGAUUUUAUCUUCACUGAACUGGCCAAGGUCAAGAAACCAUUGUGAUUUCUCUUUCAUUCUCAUGAAUGCUUUUUUUUUUUUUUUUUUUUAAAGAGAGUCAUUAACCAGUUUUAAGUGUUACCGGAAGGCCGCACCAGUCUUUCAUGAGCAGCAGCAGGUUAUAUUUAUUUAUGUUUUAUUUUCUAUCUUUUGUAAAUAUUUGAAGAGUUUCAAUGGCUUAUUAUUAUUAUAUAAGGGGAAGUCGGAGCCGGGUUUAUAUUUUGUUCUUGAAGUAAAAAUAAAACUUAUUUCAAAC